AUGAAGUGCACAGAACGCCUCAUGUGCCACCAUAGAGGGGCAGAGAUUCAGUAUCGGAAAGUGCACGCCUGUUGCCUCAACAUCAAUGCCAAAGUCUUUGAGAAGCACGACCCGGUUCGCUUUGUGGAAAAACUGGCUAAGCGGAAGGGCAAGGUGAACACGGGAGCCUUGCAGCCUCACCAAGUGCUGAUGCAAGUACUGGACACCUCUAGCUCCUUCCAUCAGGCGAUUGCCCAGGCUCAGUGGCCAGCACUCCUUGCACACGUGCGCUUGGCUGGCUUUUGGUCGAAUUGCAUCGCAGUCUGUGAUGUCUCCGGCUCGAUGAGUGCUCCUGCGGCUCCAAACGCUUCCCUGAUGGACAUUGCGAUUGCCAUGUCCCUGCUUUUAGCUCAAGUUGCGGAUGGCCCAUUGGCCCGCCACGUCAUCACAUUCCAUAGAACACCACAGCUGGUGAAGCUACCAGAGACGGACGACCUAGUAUUGCUGUACCAGUUCUUCAAGAAGAUGGAAUGGGGAAGUUCCACCAACUUCCACAAGGUCUUUGAUCUUUCGAAGUCGGCGAGCCCACCUCCAAGGCAGGUCUUCGUCUUCUCUGACAUGUACUUUGCUAGCGCCGGUGGGAAUGAGACUGUGCUGCGAAAGGUGCAGAAGGAGUACAACAAAUUGGGUUUGGAAUUGCCUGAGCUGGUCUUUUGGAACCUUGCAAGUUCCAUUGGGCACCUGCACUGGCCAACGAUUUUGGGAUCGUGUUGA